GUGUAUCCCGCGUGGUCGCGGCGAGAGGAACCCGAGGAGGGCGCGAGUAUUAUGGGGAGGCCCAGCAAAACCAAGAAUCAAAAGAAGGAGCGAGCAACUGCCCAGCAUCGAUCUCAAGAAGAAUAUGGCAGUGUGCCUCAUUCCUUUGUGUUUCAUCGUGGUCGUAUUGGCAAGAAUAUACAGGAACUCAUCCAGGAUGUUCGGCGAGUGAUGGAGCCCUAUACUGCUACCAGCCUCAAGGCGCAGAAGAAGAAUUCUUUGAAAGAUUUUGUGACAAUAGCUGGACCUCUGGGUGUGACUCAUUUCUUGGUCUUCACAAAAAACCCCACCAGUAUCAACUUUAGACUCCUGCGCCUCCCUGGUGGACCAACACUGACCUUCAGAGUCAUUCAGUAUUCACUCAUCAAAGAUGUUGUGUCAUCUCUGAAGCGGCAUCGGAUGCAUGAACAACAGUUUACCCAUCCUCCUCUCCUAGUGCUGAACAACUUUGGCACUGAGGGCAUGCACAUCAAGGUCAUGGCCACUAUGUUCCAGAACAUGUUUCCCUCCAUCAAUGUUCACAAAGUCAGUUUAAAUACCAUCAAACGCUGUGUCCUGAUCAACUACAAUCCUGACACCCAGAUAAUGGAAUUCCGUCACUACAGCCUGAAAGUAGUGCCGGUGGGCAUGAGCAAAGGGCUGAAGAAGCUCCUGCAAGAGAGAUUUCCUAACAUGAACCGCCUGGAUGACAUCAGUGAAUUGUUGGUCAGAGACAUCAAUCUCUCCGAGAGCGAAGCUGAGCAAGAUGGCAGUCACAAUAUCACGGAGCUGCCUCAGGCCUGCGCCGGUCGUGGGAACAUGAAGGCCCAGCAGAGUGCAGUCCGACUCACUGAGAUUGGCCCUCGGAUGACCUUGCAGCUCAUCAAGGUGGAAGAAGGACUAGGUCAAGGCAAUAUACUCUACCAUAGCUUCAUUCAUAAGACUGAAGAAGAGAUCCAAGAAGCCCUGGCCAGAAAAGAAGAAAAACUGCAGCUCAAGGCUCAACGGCGCCAGAAGCAAGAGGCAGAUGUGGCCCACAAAAAAACACAAAAGCAAGCGCAUCGGAAGAAGAGUCUGGCAGGGAUGAAGAGGAAGACGGAGGUCGGGGGAGACAGCGAUGCUGAGGACCCUGGAAUGCAGGAGCAGCAAAAUGUAGACGAGCCCUCUGAUGAUGAUGUGGAAUAUUACCGCCAGGAAGUUGGGGAGGAGCCAGAUGAAGAUCUGUUCCCACAAAGCUCAAAGAGGAAACGAAGGCUCAGCCAAUCUACCACACCCAAGAAAAAAUGCAAAUACAUGCAUUCAGUGCAAGGUCAGAGUCAAGAGCGUAUGGGGGCCAAAACAACAAUGAAACACAAGAAGGCUUCACGGCCUGGUCAGCAGAGGCAGCCACAGAGAGACACUCCUCAACACCGACAGGGGAAGAAGUUGAGCCAACAGCAGAGGAAUACAAGGCAGCACAGGAGGCCACAGAAUGUAAAGCAGAAGCAACCCCAGGCUGCAAGACAGCCAAGAGGCAAAAGACAGCCAAGAGGCAAAAGACAGACUGGCAGUAGGCCUCUGGGAUCACAAAGGCAGGGAAAAUCUAGACUGGGGCAGAAGCAGGCCUUCAAAGGAAAAAGCACUUUCCAAAAAGCAGGGCAUUCAAGGAAGCAAAAGCCAGCAUAACGUUCUGAGCCUCUUGCAUGGUUUUUGUGAUGUACUGGUGGUUUUAUAAAAUAUAU